UAUGCUACAUUCAUUCAAGUAAACACGUAAGUUUCUUGUAUCAGUAUCAGGUAUCACCCACCACCCUCACUCCAAAAGGCUUAAUAAUUCAUGGCAACCAUGGCUCUCUCAUCUCCAUUCACAGGAAAGGUGGUUCCUUUGAACACACCUACAGAGUUAUCAUCAACUGCCCGUAGCAACAACGGCAGAGUUUCGAUGAGGAAAACAACAGGAAGGCCAGGUGCUUCCUCUGGGAGCCCAUGGUAUGGCCUUGAUCGCGUCAAAUACCUUGGUCCAUUCUCUGGCAAGCCUCCAUCUUACUUAACAGGUGAAUUCCCCGGUGACUAUGGAUGGGACACUGUAGGGCUAUCAGCAGACCCGGAAACUUUCGCCAAGAACCGGGAGCUUGAGGUUAUUCAUUGCAGGUGGGCAAUGCUUGGUGCUCUAGGAUGUGUCUUCCCAGAGCUUCUUGCAAGGAAUGGAGUGAAGUUUGGUGAAGCAGUAUGGUUCAAAGCUGGUGCUCAAAUCUUCAGUGAAGGUGGUCUUGACUACCUUGGAAAUCCAAGCCUAAUUCAUGCUCAGAGCAUUUUAGCUAUAUGGGCUACACAGGUUAUUCUCAUGGGUGCUGUUGAGGGUUACCGCAUUGCUGGGGGACCUCUAGGUGAGGUCACUGACCCUCUAUACCCAGGUGGCAGCUUUGAUCCUUUGGGGCUUGCUGAUGAUCCAGAGGCAUUUGCUGAGCUUAAGAUGAAGGAAAUUAAGAAUGGCCGCCUUGCCAUGUUCUCCAUAUUUGGGUUUUUUGUGCAGGCCAUUGUCACUGGAAAGGGGCCUUUGGAGAACCUUGCUGAUCAUCUUGCUGACCCAGUGAACAACAAUGCCUGGGCUUAUGCCACAAACUUUGUCCCUGGAAAGUGAGGAAACCAACUCAUGAACACAAAUUGAAUUUGCUACCUAGUGUUUUGCCUAUAUGUAAUAAAGCUUGGACAUAUAUGUAAUCAAUUUAUGAAAUUUAGGUCUCGUUUGAUAAAGAAGUUUGAGUAA